CCCUCGCUCACACACUCAGGCAACAUCCUCCCAUCUCCACUUAUUUCCCUCUCACCUCUCCGCUCCUCUCGCCUCCUUCUUCCCUGUCACCUACUGACACAUAUCAUCUCUGGCAUCUCCCCGUCUAUUGUCUCCCUCCAUUCUCUCCUCCAUUUUUCCCUCCUUCCCUAUACUCCCUUACACACUCAACCUUGCUGCCUCGCGCAAACUCAUACAUGCACACACUCAUGCUGAUUGGCACUCAAGGACAGAGCACCCUCUUUCCCGUACUGGUGACCAGGAGGUUUGCUCGUUUGGCAAGGCUUCUUAACACUGAGCUCAGCUGAGGAAGAGGACGAGGGAGAGGCCAUGGAGCACAGCCACAUGUUCCCUGUAUUUCCCCCAAAUGGGAGCACCUCGAGCCCAGGGGAGCAUCCCUCUGAGUUUGCCCAGGGAUGCCCUCUCGGACCACUGCCUGUCAUUUACUACAGUAUCCUGCUCUGUCUCGGCCUGCCGGCUAACAUCCUGACCGUGGUUAUCCUGUCCCAGCUGGUGCUGCGUCGUCAGAAGUCUUCCUACAACUAUCUCCUGGCUCUGGCAGCGGCUGACAUCCUGGUCCUGCUCCUCAUUGUUUUUGUUGACUUCAUUUUGGAGGAUUUUAUUUUGGCCACGCCGCUGCCUCCAUCAUUAAACAAUGCGGUGCAGGUUUUGGAGUUCUCCUCCAUCCAUACCUCUAUCUGGAUCACCGUGCCUCUCACCAUUGACCGUUACAUUGCGGUUUGCCACCCGCUGCGCUACCACACAGUCUCCUACCCAGCACGCACACGAAGGGUGAUAUUUGCUGUUUAUAUUGGGUGCUUGCUCUCUGCAGCUCCUUAUUACUGGUGGCCUGAGCUGUGGCACAGCCUGCCUGGGGUGGGUGGUAGUGGAGGAGGAGUGGAGGGCAACAGGAGAACCGUAGCCCAACAUGUCCUGGUGUGGGCACACUGCGCUACUGUCUACCUCCUCCCCUGCACUGUCUUCUUCUCCCUAAAUGCUGGCAUCGUUUGUAAGCUGCGCCGACGACGCAGCUGUUUCCGUCUGCGCGGCUACUCUACCGGCAAGACCACCGCCAUUCUCCUUGCCAUCACCUCUAUUUUCGCCGUUUUGUGGGCGCCACGUACCCUCAUGAUCCUCUAUCACUUCUACUCCCCUCCACCAGCCUCACAAGGUGCUGGUCGACUGCUUCACAUGCUCACCGACCUGGCAAACAUGCUAGCGUUGCUCAACACCGGGGUCAACUUCUUCCUCUACUGCUUCAUCAGCAAGCGUUUCCGGGGCAUGGCAGCCAACGUACUGCGAGCCUUGGUCCACUGCCGGAAGCAGCCGCCGCCGUUCUACGCCAGCCACAACUUCUCCAUCACAAGCAGCCCCUGGAUCUCACCAGCCAACUCCCACUGCAUCAAGAUGUUGGUGUACCAGUAUGACAAAAAUGGGAAGCCCAUCUGUAUUUCCUCUUGAGUGUUCAGCCACCA